UCGUAUUAGAAGGGCAGCGAAACGCCAUGUCGGCGGCGCUGCUUAUUACUUUAAUAGUCUUUGUAACGUGUGGUCAUGGAGCAAAGGAGAAACCGGAACUUAGCGAUGAAAUCAAAGAAAUAAUAGAGCAUGUUCACAACGAAUGCGUCGGUUUGACUGGGGUCGCCGAGGAGGAUAUAGCGAAUUGCGAAAACGGCAUAUUUAAGGAGGACAACAAAUUGAAGUGCUAUAUGUUUUGCCUACUCGAGGAGGGUAGCCUUGUCGACGAUGAUGGAAAUGUAGAUUAUGACAUGAUGAUCAGCCUCAUUCCUGAACAGUACACUGAAAGAGUUACAAAAAUGAUUACCGCCUGCAAACAUUUAGAUACAAAGGACAAAGAUAAGUGUCAAAGAGCAUUCGAUGUUCAUCAGUGUUCGUAUAAACAGGAUCCAGACGUAAGUUUUCUUUAUAAGUCAAUUAAACAUAUGAAAAAACAAGCACAUGUUAAAACCAUUUUUAUUUUCAGUUUUAUUUCCUCUUCUAACAUAAGUAUUAUUCAAACUGAGUGA